AUGACUUGUGUCAAUCCAAUCAUCCCGGGAUUUGCACCAGAUCCCACCAUCGUGUUGAUCGAGGACACGUUCUUUCUUGUCAACUCAAGUUUCCAUGUGUUCCCGGGCCUACCGAUCUAUGCUUCUCAGGACCUAGUCACCUGGAAACAAAUAGGGAAUGCAAUCAACAGACGCGCCCAGUUGAGUCUUCGCAGAUCCCCUACCGGUAUUUUUCCUCUCAACGGAAAUGGAGACGUGUUGGUGGGAACAGGCGGCCUCUAUGCUCCGACCAUAAGAUAUCACGGCGGGACUAUUUUUGUUGUCUGCACCAACAUCACGACCCCAGCAGCCAGCUCCUUGGGGUCGGCUAGCGAAAAUUUCAUCGUCUCAACACAAGACAUCUGGUCAGGCAAUUGGAGCGAUCCCGUCUACUUCGACUUUCAGGGCAUCGACCCCAGCAUAUUCUUUGACGAUGACCGCCGCAGCUACAUUCAAGCUUCGGCCGCCCCCGGCCCAAUGACCAAAAUCCACCUCUUCGAAAUCGACCUCAAAACCGGUCAGAAACUGUCUGAAGAGAAAAUGGUCUGGGCCGGGACCGGUGGGGUGUAUCCAGAAGGCCCGCAUCUUUAUAAGAAGGACGGCUGGUAUUACCUUGUAAUAUCCGAAGGUGGCACGCAUGCGGGCCACAUGGUCACCAUCGCAAGGUCCAGAGCUAUUUUUGGUCCUUACGAAGCCUUCGAAGGCAAUCCUAUUCUCACUGCACGUAGGACUGGUGAAUACAUCCAGUUCACGGGACACUGCGACAUGUUCCGAGAUCGGGAAGGGAACUGGUGGGGAGUGUGCCUGGGAGUCCGAAAGGACAGAGCGGGCCGAUUCAUCAUGGGCAGAGAAUCGUUCAUCACCCCAGGGAAAUGGUCCGAGGGGGGGUGGCCGUCGUUGGAGCCCGUCAAGUCCGAUCCGAGAGGCCUUCCCUGCCAGGGAAGGACUGCUGCUCUUGUUACUACCAAGCCGAUGGUCGAUUUCGUCUACAUACGCGACGCGGACCUAGAUGAUUAUAUGUUCUCCAAUGGCGGCCGAGACAUCGCUCUCAAAGCACGCAGGGUCGACUUGGUGAGUCCCUCCGAGUCUCCCACAUUUAUCGGCAAACGCCAACGUCAACUCGAGGGCGUCAGCUCAGUCUGGAUGACCUGCCCAAGCCCAGCGCAGCAAUCGCCAACAAGCAGCGUCAAAGCAGGGCUUGCAGUCUACAAGGAUGAGCAUCGCCACGCGAGGGUCUUCUAUGAUGAUAGCCAGGAAACAGCCCUCGUAUUCGAAGUCCGGAACGACGCGAAGAGGCUCCACCGGACCGUGAAGCAUGUUAUCGAGCCUGGUAAGCAUCUUGCUCUGAGACUCGAGUACACCGAGCAACAAUACCGAUUCUCCUAUAGGGUACCAGGGAUCCAAUCUUCAGCGGGCUGGACCUCUAUCGGCACUCUCGAUACCCUGGACUUGACAAAUUUCGAUUUCGUCGGUCCUAUCAUUGGCAUCUUUGCCGUGGCGGGGGAGGAGGAGCAGCCGACUACGAUUCACUUCAGCGGUCUAGAGAUAGACUAA